AUGCCUCAGAAAAUAGUCAACGUAACUAUCAUAACAGAAUUCUUUCUCAUGGGAUUCCCUGAUGACUGGAUGUUGCAAAGACUGUAUGCAGCCCUCUUCUUCCUCAUUUACCUGACAGCAUUGAUGGGAAACCUCCUCAUUGUUACUCUCACCAUCAUUGACCGGAACCUCCAAGCUCCCAUGUAUUUCUUCUUGAAGAAUUUAUCUUUAAUUGACAUGUGCUACAUCUCUGUAACUGUACCUAAGUCCAUCAUAAACUCUCUGAGCAACGUCCACUCCAUUUCCUACUUAGGAUGUGCCUCACAGGUUUUUCUUGUUAUUUUUUUUGCGGGCACAGAAUAUGCCCUACUUAUAGUCAUGUCCUAUGACCGAUAUGCUGCCAUCUGCCAUCCUCUGCACUAUGAGACAGUUAUGAAUAGAGAUUCCUGUGUUCAGAUGGUGACUGCAUCAUGGUUUAGUGGUUGUGUCUAUGGAUCCAUUCAUGUAGCAGGUACAUUCUCUGUGAAUUUCUGUGGGCCCAACUCAGUUCUUCAGUUUUUCUGUGAUAUCCCAUCAUUACUUACACUUUCCUGUUCUGGGGACAUUUUAGAAUAUGCAUUUAUCAUUGCUAGCUGCUGUUUUGCUUUUGUAUGUUUUGCCCUUAUGGUUGUGUCCUAUGUUUACAUUUUCUCAGCUGUCUUAAGGAUUCCAUCAACUCAAGGCAGGUUCAAAACUUUCUCCACCUGCAUGCCCCACCUCUGUGUGGUGACUUUGUUUCUGUCUUCAGGAUUUAUUGCAUACUUAGGUUCAGCGUCUAAAUCCCCAUCAUCAUUAAACCUCUUUAUGUCUGUUUUAUACUCCCUGUUACCUCCCACUCUGAAUCCUGUCAUUUAUAGUCUGAGAAACAAGGACAUGAAAGUUGCCCUUGAAAAACUGUUUCGUAAAAAAAUGUUCCCAAGGAUGUAA